AUGGACUCGCAGAUUCGACGAGGAUAUGCCGCCAGACGUGGUCACUGUACUGUUGGACCCGAACAGGACCGAUUCUUCUACAACCCGAUUUGCGAUUUUUCCGAUGUGGCCCCUAACGGCGAGCUGUCACAGUCGAUUCGAGGCGAUAUUGCAAUGGCCGUCGAUUGGGCUGAACAAGUGCCGUCCUUCCACCUUCUUUCGCCUACGUUACGGCGUCACCUUCUACAUCGAUUCUGUCUGAUGUUUGUUACCAUAGAACACGGACUGUUCACUGCACAGAUGCCAGCUCACGAUAAUGUCUGGUUUCUGUCGGAUCGCACAUGUCUUGUGCGACAUGUAGAAGCGAUUCCUGAAGAAAUCAAGCUCCACCUUACACCAAAAACCACCAAAGCACAAGAGUUACUUUACCCACUGACCUCCUUACUGAUCGAUGAAAUCGCACAACCGUUACGGAAACUUCGACCAACACCUGAAGAAAUAGCCGCGUUGAAAGUGCUCAUGUUAAUGAGUAGGUUGCCGUUUCUGCGCACGCGCGUAAAAUCGAUAACCAUAACUGAAAAUGCCAGGGAACAUUUUGAUCAAUUAAUGACAUGA